AUGUGUCUCCGCCCGUGGCCACUGAGGUGCAAAUGGCCGCCAGAAACCUUGGUUUUUCUACCUGGGAUUCUCGCUCUCCUGCUUAUGACUUUGCUAGUUAUACUUGACGCAACUACUACAGCGAUUGUCAUUAAUGCCAGCAUCUCCUUCAUCCUCGCUGUUGUCAUUGUGCAGCCAGUACGCAUCAGUGAGGUCGAUACUAUCAGACGAAAGGUUGUGCUUUAUGCAGUUUUCUUCAUUUCUGUUGUUGGAACUGUCGUUCUCGGCGUGACCCGGAGCAUGUCUGUGUUGAUUUUAGUCCGCAUCCUUCAGGGAAUUGGUGGUGGAGGCCUAGACGUGCUAAGUGAGGUUAUUGCGGCGGAAAUGAUCACUCUGCAGGAGCGUGCUACAUAUAUUCGUCUUUUUUCGCUACCCGUGGCUCCUGGAAUCGUCCUGGGGCUCCUGGGGCCCAUCCUGCGGGCACUGUUCAGCGAGUAUGCUGACUGGCGCCUAUUCAUCAGUAAAUCCUUCCGCACGCAACUGGCAUUACUUGGUUGGGUAGGGAUCAUGGUCUUUGCGGUUGGCUGCACUGUUUUCGCUUUGCCCCUGAGCUGGGCCGGAAAUAUGUACCCGUGGUCCUCGUGGCGAACCAUAUUACCCUUGGUGCUCGGGUUCCUGGUCCUAGUUGCCUUCCCUAUCUAUGAGUCCCGGCCACAAUCUCCUCGUACUGCCCAGAUGGCACUCAUUGGAAGUUUCAUUCACGGUCUCACACCGUACAUUCUUCUGAUGUACUGGCCCUCGCUGGACUACAUCCGCACUUACCGGUGGGAGAUCCGGGGUGGCUGGGUCUCUCUGAGGGUUGGUGUGGGACUCUUCGCAAUGUGGCACCGGGACACCGAGCAAGCGAUGACGGCGAGCUUCCAGAUCAUCGCAGGUAUCGGCAUCGGGACGUUGCUCAUUGUGCCGCGCAUCCUCAUGCAGGCCAGCGCCCCGACCGCCGAGGAUCAAGCGCUUGCAAUCGGCAUCCUCGUUUCCUUCCGUCUAUUUGAUGCUGUGAUCGGCCUUUGGUGGUCUCCGACUUUUUUACAUCUCUGUUAA